AGGAGCCUCGUUGUUGCCUCUCUGGCUGGUCCAAAAUUUCAUCGUUUUUUUUUUCCUCAGAAGCAAAGCAACCCACCCGGCUCUCUCUCUCUCCUCUUUCUGUUUCUCCUUUUAACAAAUCAAAACGGAGAGAAAUUUCAAAACCCAUAACCAUAAACCAAAACGAACUCUUUCUCUAAUUAAACAACUUCAUUAUAGCGCAGAUAAAUCAGGCACAUGCAGCACCUCCUUCUGGUCACUUUGUACGCUUGGAGAAUAGUCCUGAACAUAAUCACAAUUUGAAGAAGAAAGCGGGAAUGCGUCGGUGGCUUUGUUGUACUUGUCAAGUUGAGGAGUCGUACUCACCACACGAAAACGAGCGAUUGAAAAACCAGGAUUAUCAAGAUGGGAACCACAAAUCAAGGGUUUCAGUUCCUGCUAAACCUGAAGUGCAAAAGGCAGCACCACCUAUUGAAGUGCCGCCAUUGUCUUUGGAUGAACUGAAAGAAACAACUGACAGUUUUGGAUCAAAGGCAUUGAUUGGUGAAGGAUCAUAUGGAAGAGUGUAUUAUGCAAACUUAAGUAGUGGAAAAGCUGUUGCUGUAAAGAAGCUAGAUGUUUCAUCUGAGCCUGAGACAAAUACUGAGUUUUUGACUCAGGUUUCAAUGGUUUCAAGAUUGAAGCACGAAAAUCUUGUUGAGUUGCUUGGUUACUGUGUUGAUGGAAGUACCCGUGUGCUCGCGUACGAGUUUGCAACAAUGGGAUCUCUUCAUGACAUAUUGCAUGGUAGGAAGGGAGUUCAAGGAGCACAACCAGGUCCAGUGCUUGACUGGAUGACACGGGUUAGGAUUGCAGUUGAUGCAGCAAGGGGUUUGGAGUACUUGCAUGAGAAGGUUCAACCUUCUAUAAUCCACAGAGAUAUCAGAUCCAGCAAUGUGCUUCUCUUUGAAGAUUUCAAGGCCAAGAUUGCAGAUUUUAACCUUUCAAAUCAGGCUCCUGACAUGGCUGCUCGUCUUCAUUCUACCCGUGUUUUGGGAACCUUUGGCUAUCAUGCUCCAGAAUAUGCAAUGACUGGACAAUUGACACAGAAAAGUGAUGUAUACAGCUUUGGAGUAGUCCUUCUAGAGCUUUUGACAGGAAGGAAACCUGUUGAUCACACUAUGCCUCGUGGACAACAGAGUCUUGUUACCUGGGCUACUCCAAGAUUAAGUGAAGACAAAGUCAAACAGUGUGUGGAUCCCAAGCUAAAAGGAGAAUACCCUCCUAAAGGAGUAGCUAAGCUGGCAGCAGUUGCAGCAUUGUGUGUGCAGUAUGAAGCUGAGUUCCGGCCGAAUAUGAGCAUUGUCGUGAAGGCUCUUCAACCACUUCUGAAGUCAUCAUCUCAGCCUGCAGCUCCAGGCCCAGAGGCCUAAAAAGCAAAGAAACUCAAUUUCUCUGCUUGUCUGAAGUUCUGCAGCCUGUUUACAGUUUGUUUUCAUAUAUAUAUUUUUUAUUUUAUUUUUCUCUAUCCAUAUAAUAUGAGAGCAAAUGUGUAGGAUUGGAUUGUCCUUCUGAAGUUACUUAUAACAUUUGUCUGCUGCUGUUGGUAUGACACCAUGGUGCUGAUAUCUUUUCAAGUCCUGAAUUAUUGGCAAUGAACUGGGUUUUUGGAUAUAUUUCUUCUGCGGCUACUCGGCUGUUUUCUUU